AUGCUUACCUGGAUCGCCAUGCUCACGUGCACCCACUUCUUUAUGAACUUGCGCUGGUACACGCUGCUCCCCUGUCAAAUCUCAGGUCUUUUGAGCUACAUGUUCUGUGCGGCCCUUGGAAGUCCAGAAGGGGUGCUCCUGGUCAUGAACCUGGCGCUCUUCGCGGGGAUCACGGCGCUGGCCUCGUUGGCCAAGCGCGGCCUGGAGCACCACGAGCGCCACUCCAUGCUGCAGCUCAUCUCCGAGAGGGUGCGGCGGUUUGAAAGCGACUUCAAGCUGGAACAGGCGCGUGCCGCUCCUCUUCUAAUUGGUGCACUGCGUAGGGCAGGCUUCAUCAGGCUCCUGUGCUCCUGUGUCCAAGGUCAGACAGGCUUCACGCAGAUGAUCUUCGAUGUGAAGAACAACUGCCGGGACCAACUGGACUCCAUGAUGAAGCUGGGCGAACAGGAGCACUGGCUGGUGGAGGCGCGAGGUUCUGUGACUGAGAUGGCCAAGCAGUUGCGCUUCGACCCCAAGGAGCUGAUCGGCCGCGGCAACUAUGGAGUGAUCUUGGCCGGAGAUAUGCUGGGCAUGCCCGUGGCAGUGAAGCUGCCGUUGGCCAAUGCCUCGCUGUCCCUCCCCGACUUGGCCAACGAGCUGCGCUUUCUGCGCCGCGUGCGGCAUCCGCACAUUGUGGCGUUUCAAGGCGGGGCCUUCCGAUCGCUCGGGAACUUUCCGCAGGAAAUGCUGUUCCUGGUGGAGGAGUUGGUGGAAGGUGCCAGCCUUCAGGCUUUGUCGCAGGAUAAGUUAAACCUGGAGACCAACCAGAAGCAUGCAGUGCUCCUGGGCAUUUGCAGAGCGCUGCGGUACUUGCAUGGCCUUCGGCCAGCCAUCGCGCACGGGGACCUGAAGCCCACCAACGUGCUGAUCACCACACGUGCCUUGGACGGGCAUUUCGCGGGGGGGGGGGGGGACCAACAUGUGUCACCGGGCGCAAGCUGA